AUGGAGGGGACACGCGAUGGUGGUCAAGCUGCUGCUUUCCACCGAGGGCGUCGACUCAAUAUCAAAGAACUUUUCGGAGAAACGCCGCUAUCAUUGGCAGCUGGCAACGGACAGGAAGCAGUGGUCACGCUACUAUUAGCGAUAGAUGUCGACCCAGAUCCCAGAAACUCUAAAGGGGAGACACCACUAUCAUGGGCGGCAGGCAACGGACAUGAUACGGUGGUGAAGCUCUUAUUCGCAGCAGAUGGUGUUGACCCCGACGCCAAAGAUUACGAUGGACGGAAACCACUCUCGUUAGCGGCAGGGAAAGGGCAUGAAAUAGUGACCAAGUUGCUACUUGCGAUGGAAGGCGUCGACCCAGAAUCUAAGGACCUCAGCGGAGAGACGCCGCUGUCAUGGGCGCUAGAGUAA